GAAUUAGAUGAAAGCAGUUAGUAUCUCACAGGACAUGAGAAAACAUUUCCACAGAAACAUUACUGUUUUCCAGUCGUGGCAAGUGACUCUGCGAACGUUAAGAUGUUUUCCCUUCGCAGGAGACCCAUACUGACCUGGCCCAGGCUGACGAAAGCCAUACUGCAAAAUCACAGGUCAAUCUACAGCAAGCCGGCAAAGGAAAAGAUCGGGCCAGGGCAAUCUUUCAUUGCCCUCUUUGUGUUUGCUGCGACACUCUUGACCCCGGCUGGAUGGAUCAUGCAUCAUAUCCCAGAAUACCGGCGGAGAUCACCUCAACAACCCUGACUUCUGCAAGAGCUCUGCAUUCAGCAACACACCUGUGCACUGUUAUUGUUUGUGGAUUUCCCAAUGUGUAAAAUGUUAUAAAUUAAUCUAAAACUUGAUAAUGAGAACGUUUUCUUGUAUAAAGACUUUGAUGUGAUAUCUGCCAUUGAUUGUUUUCAUGCAAGCUGAUAGUCAAUGUGAUGACUGCUCUGAUUACUGCACUGUUUGGAAAGGCUUAAUAGUUGCUUCAUGAAACAGAAAUAAGAAGUAGGGGUCAUCCCAGGGUUCAGUGACAGGAUGUUGCUCUUAAUCAGUUGGAUGUGAGAUGGAAAUACACAAACUUGGCACAAACUAUAAAA